GCGUUGACUGACAGGCGCACACAUACACACUCGGCCACGCGCGCGCCGCCCGGCCCCACUCGCGCAGCGCGGGCCUUCGCCGGCCGCAUUGUCCGUCGGCCGAUCACGCCACGUCCCGUGUCUCAGCUCUCGGUGCGUCGGAGCCCCGGACCCGAUCCCCGCUACGGCCCAGCGCCAGGCGCCCCCCUUGGGACCCGGACGCAGAAAGGGGGCGCGCCCAGCCGCGGACGGAGCAGCCGCUGCAGCAGUCUUUCUUCAGAAGGGUCCCCAUUCCACCUCAUCAUGUCAAGACGAAGCCAGCGCCUCACACGCUACUCCCAGGGUGAUGACGACGGCAGUAGCAGCAGUGGAGGGAGCUCAGUGACAGGAAGCCAGAGCACCCUGUUUAAAGACAGUCCUCUCAGGACCUUGAAGAGGAAAUCCAGCAACAUGAAGCACCUGUCCCCAGCACCACAGCUGGAUCCCUCCUCUGAUUCCCACACCUCCUACUACAGCGAGUCUGUGGUCCGGGAGUCCUACAUAGGCAGCCCCCGGGCCGCGUCCCUUGCCAGGAGUGCCCUCCUCAGUGACCGCCUGCAGAGUGAGCCCUACUGGAGUGAGGACCUGCGGAUGAGGAGGAGAAGAGGCACAGGCGGCAGUGAGAGCAGCAAGGCCAAUGGACUCACUACAGAGAAAAAGACCUCAGAGGACUUUUUCGGCUCUUCCUCGGGCUACUCCUCCGAGGAUGACUUCGCAGGCUAUACGGACACCAACCAGCACAGUUCAGGGUCAAGGUUAAAGAGUGCAGCAUCUCAGGCAGGCUCUCUUGUCUGGAUGCUGGUUACUUUCCCAGGUCGGCUCUUCAGUCUUCUCUAUUGGUGGGUUGGCACCACCUGGUACCGCCUGACAACAGCUGCCUCCCUCCUGGAUGUUUUUGUCUUAACGAGGUCCAGGCGCUUCUCGUCUCUGAAGACUUUCCUGUGGUUUCUGCUGCUCCUGCUGCUCCUGACCGGCCUGACUUAUGGUGCUUGGUACUUCUACCCUUUUGGACUGCAGACAUUCCACCCAGCUGUGGCCUCCUGGUGGGCAGCAAAGGGCAGAAGACAGUCCGAGGUGUGGGAAUCCAGAGAAGCCUCACCACACUUCCAGGCUGAGCAGCACAUUCUCUCCCGGGUACACUCCCUGGAGCGGCGCCUGGAAGCUCUUGCUGCUGAAUUUUCCUCAAACUGGCAGAAAGAGGCCAUUCGCCUGGAACGCCUAGAGCUGCGGCAAGGGACUCUUGGCCCAGGAGGUGGUGGUGGCCUGAGCCAUGAGGAUACCCUGACUCUCCUGGAAGGGCUGGUGAGCCGGCGUGAGGCCGCCCUGAAGGAAGACUUCCGCAGGGACACUGCUGCUCGUAUCCAGGAGGAAUUGGUCACCCUGAGGGCAGAGCAUCACCAAGACGCAGAAGACCUCUUCAAGAAGAUCGUCCAGACCUCUCAGGAAUCCGAGGCUCAUGUCCAGCAGUUGAAGACAGAGUGGCAAAGGAUGACCCAGGAGGCCUUCCAGGAGAGCUCUGAGAAGGAGCUGCGGCGGCUGGAGGCCCAGCUGGCUGGCCUGCGGCAGGAGCUGGCUGCCCUGACUCUAAAGCAGAACUCAGUGGCAGAUGAAAUAGGCUUACUGCCACAGAAGAUCCAGGCUGCUCGGGAUGAUGUGGAAUCCCAAUUCCCUGCCUGGGUCAGUCAGUUCCUUCUCCGAGACGGGGGUGUUCGCACUGGACUCCUGCAGAAAGAGGAGAUGCGUGCACAGCUGCAGAAGCUGGAGAGCAAGAUCCUCGCCCAUGUGGCUGAGAUGCAGGGCAAGUCAGCUAAGGAGGCUGCAGCUUCUCUGGGACAGACACUGCAGAAAGAAGGUGUGGUUGGAGUGACAGAGGAGCAAGUGCACCGGAUUGUCAAGCAGGCUCUACAGCGCUACAGUGAGGACCGCAUUGGGAUGGUGGACUAUGCCCUGGAAUCAGGAGGGGCCAGUGUCAUCAGCACCCGGUGCUCUGAGACCUAUGAGACAAAGACUGCCCUCCUCAGCCUCUUCGGCAUCCCCUUGUGGUACCACUCGCAGUCACCCCGAGUCAUUCUUCAGCCAGACGUGCAUCCAGGCAACUGUUGGGCCUUCCAGGGGCCCCAGGGUUUUGCUGUGGUCCGGCUCUCUGCCCGUAUCCAUCCCACAGCUGUCACCUUAGAGCAUGUGCCCAAGGCUUUGUCACCCAACAGCACCAUCUCCAGUGCUCCCAGGGACUUCGCCAUCUUUGGUUUCGAUGAAGACCUGCAGCAGGAGGGGACGCUCCUUGGCACAUUCACCUAUGAUCAGGAUGGAGAGCCUAUCCAGACCUUCUACUUCCAGGCCCUGAAGAUGGCUACAUACCAAGUGGUGGAACUUCGGAUCCUGACCAACUGGGGCCACCCUGAGUACACAUGCAUCUACCGCUUCCGGGUACAUGGGGAGCCUGUCCACUAGCCCUUUGAGAUCUUGUGCCUGCUGCUGGCCAUCUGGGAGGCUCACCCCUCCCAGCAUCUGCCCCUGCUCUGGGAGUAGGUGCACUGCAUCUUGCCAUUGCCCCUACAUGCUUGAGCCGCACUCUUUCAGGAGCAAAAGAGGCCUGGCCCCAGGGAGAAGGACUGUACAGCGAUUCUGUACAGCCAGGCAGCUCCAUGGCCAGUAGGCUCCAGCAGCUCCCCUAGUCCUUCCUCUCAAGCCAGUUGUCUACCACAGGGUGUAUAUAUGUAGCAUACUUUGGGGGACUAAGAGGCAGGGAAGUGAGACUGACUGCAUUUGGUGGAAGGAUUGGUUCCAGGGAACUCCUGGUAGGUGCCAAAGCCAUGAGCAGGCUGAGUUAGGGCCCCAGGGAGGUGAGCUGGGUGUCUUGUGGCUACUUAGGAGGAGGGUGCUUAGCACUAUGCAGCUGGGACUGUCUCAGGCAGAGGGCUCAGGGGCUGUUGUGCUCCUGCAUGGCAGGAGCCAUGGCCCACAGACCCCUGGUGUCACUAGAAGCUUGCAUUUGUUCUGACAAGAGGGAGCCAUGUGGCUUGGGCCCCUGUAUCCUGGAAGGGAUGGGUUCCUGUGUGCCUGUCAUGGCUGUGAGCUGUGCCAAUCUGGAGGACCACUGCUUUUUCUCCUGAUGUGGGUGAGGGUCUACUCUGUCCCAUUCUUGCUAUAGCCUGCCUGUGCCCUUCAGCAAGCUUUCUAGUCCCCAGGCUGUCAUGGGACCCUAGCCUGUCUUCUGGGCCAUUCUGUCUGGGGCAGGAAAGAAGGGACCAGAGGACUUCCUAGGUUCUCUUUGUCCACUGCCAAUUGCCAUGGUAUGGUUUGGUGUGUCAGCUGGGGCGGGGGGGGGGGCUGCUACUGCUGCAGUAGCCCUCCUCACCUAAUCAGAUCCCAGGAGGGACCCACCCUUAAGUAACCCCCCCCCCAGCCCUCUGCCUUGCUUAGAUUCCCUGUCCUUUCUGGCUCCUUCUCUAUGGGAGCAGUUGGGUGGGGGCUGGGAAGGAGGUUGGCAGAAGUAACCUUGUGUGGGGAAGAGGAAGGGCUUUUAAGAUAACAGGCCCUGCUCUAUUAUGUAUAUACUUCUCAGGGUCUGGUUUUAACUGAAAAGCUACGUCCUAGAACCCUAGCCUCAUUCUGAGGGGCAUCAGCUGUUACUCAGUUCCUAGUUCCAGGCCGCUGAGAGGUGCUUGGUUCUGGCCUGUGGGGAGGGCGGGGAGGAGCUGCUGGGCAGGCAGAGGUUCAUGGUUCUGGUGAGAGGGCACCCUGCACAGCCCUGCCCCCAGGGCUUGUUUUGCGCUCUCUUGUCACAAAUGCUGCACUGUUGCGUUAAUUUUUUUAAUCUCCAGAUUCUAAUUUAUGCCUAUGCAAAAAAUAAAGGAUGCCCAGGAUCAAUGGAA